AACAGCGGAAGCUGCAGUUUGUCAGCACUCAACAACCACAUUUUUAGAUAUAAUGCAUUCAACACAUGGCAGUACUAUAUAAGCUCACACAUAGAUCUACACGUUAUUUUCAUACAGAAAAGGAAAAGUGAACGCUAACCUGAUUAUAAUUGCAACAAUCUCCUUCUCAGCUCAGAAUUGAGCCUAGGAACGUCAACAUUGGCCAUCACGUGCACCAUCCCACCUGACUGAUGUCAAUACAACACAUCCACCACAAGCAUAACAAAUUGAUAAGCGAUCACAAGUCCAUCUACCUGAGCUGAGAAGCUGGCUUAUAGAUGAUCAAACAGCAUUGGCGGAUAAAAGUUCUGAUCUUACAAAUUAAGGAGCAGUGACUAAUCCAAGGCUAUAGGGCUAGAAUGGGUGUGGUGGCAUCUAACUUCCAGGGGCACGAUGGAGGGAUUGUUUCUGAAAUGGUACAACCAUCAAGUGACCAGUGGAUCACCAAGCAUACCGAAGCUUGCAAGGUGACAGAUGCUGAAGUAAAGAAGAUGUGGGAUGCAUUCCAGAAGCUUGGAUGUGGGAUUAAUGGAGAGCUAUCAGCUGCUACCAUCAAGUCUCUGAGCGUGAAGACGGGCAGUUCUAGUGAGAAGAGUUUCAUUGACAAGAUAUUGAUGCAGUUUCCAAAGACAGAGAAUGGAUGUUUGUCUUUCCAGACAUACUGCAAUGCUAUCAAGUGGUUCAGUGAUAGCAACAUAGAGACAAGAGUAAGAGGAGCUUUCCGUGUUCUAAACAAUGCAAACGCCAUCACACUAAAUAUCCUGACAGAGAUCUUGAGGGAGAUUUACACAGACACCAGUGAGGCAGUCAUCUCGAGGACAGCCCAGGUCUUCAUGCAGGAAGUAGAUGUCAAAGGUCAAGGGUCGAUCAGCGAGGAUGACUUUGUCCGUUGGGUGAAGAAGAUGCCAUCCAACGUGGUGGAACAGAUUAUGACCUUUGAACCCAUCAGUUCAGGGUCACCUACAUCCAAGAACCCAAGGACGUCUUCUGCUGACGAUCGACCCUCUAUCCCUCUCCUCCAGCGAGUCGCCGGCAAUGCUAAGAACCGGGACUGGCUGCUCCUGGUGAACAUCCUUGGGUUCACAGAGGAAGAGAUUAAAGAGGUUGGGGAUCACCUUGGUAACAAGAAGCAUGAUGAGCACCUGUACGAGCUCCUGAAAAUAUGGCGCAACAAGACUGAUGCGGUUGUUACCACAGAAACCCUGAAGGAUGCCCUAGUAUCCAGUGGUAUGGAAGAUGUAGCUAUGCUGCUCCAGUCCUGAAAAAAAGGACCAACAAUGUUUGUGAUGUGAAACGUUCACAAUUUUAAAUUACAUUAAAAAGAAACCUUUGCAAAUACUCCUUUUUUUUUAGUCAGUUGUGAUUAAAUCAUUUUCGGGCAUGAAAAAUUUUGCAAAUCUGAACCGCUCGUAAAAUUGGUGAACAUUUCACAUUUUGAAAUUUUGACUGUACAUUUGCAGAUAUUUAUGCUGUACCGGUAAAAUAGUAUUAUAGCAUUCCAUAUAGUGUGUAAUGUCUCUUGGGCUAUUAGAACAAAUUUGUUCGAAUUCAUUGUUUUUAUUUGUUUGUGCAAUAUUUUUUUAAUGUAUUCAUAUUUUAAAACUCAACCACCAACUCCAUUGUGUACUGAAGAAUAACAAGUUAAUAUUCUAAAUAUUCAUGUCGUACUAGUAACUGUACAAAACAAAUGGGGUAGGAAGGAGAAUGAAAUCCCCCUCCCUUCUCUGUGUUUGUUCAUGUUUGCCGUUUAACACAUGUAUAGAGGUGUAUCGCUUUUACAAACAAGUUCUUUGGGGUACUUUCAAGAGUGAGAGAUAAUUCCACAAUUGCCAAUGAGCAUUUGGCAUUUUAAUUCUGAUAGAAAAUACAUAACAAUCAUCUCCAUUGUAUAGAGAUUACAACAAACCUGAGAGGUUUGAAAUCAAUUAUCACAGGACUUGCAACUAUCUAUGUACAUGCAGUGAUCAACAUAUAAUGUAAUGGUCAUAUGAAAUAAUGUAAGUUAUGUUAAAGGGAAAUGCACCCUGAUGUAAGUUCAAUAAAAUCAGAAAAAAUGAAAGUGGUGCUCCAGAGGUUCAUCUCAGAAUGGCCAAUUUGAAUGAUAAAACUGCUAAUAAUAUCAACCAUUCCAACUGAAUAUUGUGUAUUUAAUAUUGCUAUUUCUUGGGCUACAGUAUUAGUUAUAUUAUGGAACCUCAUUGUGAAGGACAAUGUUUCUACAUAUGCUUCUUAUAACAAUGUGAUAUUAGAGGUCAAAUUUCUCUAUAUUUUAUUAUUUGUUAGCCCUGAUAAAACAAAGUUUCAGCAUAAUGUAAUUUUCCUAUUAUAUUGAGGUUCCUAUUUUUGCUACAUCUUUUAUAAGUUAGAACAAUGCAGUUGUGUAUGUUCAUAUAUUCAUAUUUAAACCGUCCAUUUAGUUGUGUGUUUGAGGGUGAAGUAGGAUCAUUGUGCUAUAUAGUGCUCCCCCCCCCCAAAAAAAAAAGAAAGAAAAGAAUGUAAACAAAAAAAAAGACUGUUAUUGUGAGCAAACUAUGAGGUGUAUAAACACGGAUUUCAAAUUAUAUUUUGGUUGCAUUAAUCCAUCCACGUCAGAAUCCAUUUAUGCCAGAUUUUGGUAAAACAGUGAAAACAGUGGUAAAAGGUAAGCUUUACAAGAUGAUUAUUCAUUUCCAUUUUGUGAUGAUGUGCAUUAAGAUUUAGCAGUUACAAAUGAGUCAUUAUCCAUUACUAGGAUAACAAAGGCGAUCGUCAUGGUAAGUCUCCCUUGGGUUCUGUAUUAUUCAAUCAACAUAAAAAAUUAUAUAUUGGACUUUCCCAAAUCAAUAAAAUAACCCUGUUGAAAUGAAAAGUUCCCCUUCACAGAUUGAAAAUGGUGCCAUCCAGAGGCAGAGAGGGAAAUUACCUAUGCUAACCUUAUAUGAGCGAGUUGAACCAUUAAAUUCCCUAUUAAUAUGUAACAUGCUACUUUUUAUUUUAUUCCUGUGGAAAUACGGCUGCAGACUGUCUGAUUUUGUCGUUUAUGAAGUUGCAGUUCUGAAAAAUGCAAAAACCAAUACCGGUAUUCAACAAUUGCAGACAAAUUCAAAUACAAAAUGUGCACCUUUUACCCUCAGCAUCGACAAUUUCUCCACUGUUCUUCAUUUUAAGAUGAUGGCAUCUUGCUAUCAUUAAAGAAGCAGAUGAAUACAGUGUUCUCAUUGAGUUUUAGAGUUUGUGUUUUCUUCAGGUCAUGUUAGUGUGGGAUACUAACGUUUUCACUGUUUUACCCAAAUCUAGCACAAAUGGAUUUUUACAUGCCAUUUGAAAUCAAUGUUGUAAAGCACGUAUGGAUCAAGUACUCAAUGUAUUAUUUGAAAGCAUCUUGCUUCUACUUCAUAAAAAUGAAAGAAUCAAUUUCUACAGCUCAUAGUUUGUUCACAAAAUCCAUUUGUUUUCAGGGUUUUUUUUCUUCUUGGAUGUACUGUAUUGGUCUUGGCUGAUGUAUAUUCCAAUUGUUAAUGUUUAAAUGACUAUUUUGAAAGUUUACUUUACUGUUACAGGGUGUAGGAACAUGACUUUUCCUUCCAGCAAUGAAUUAUAUUGUAAAUGUUAUAUCAAACAACCAAUUGUUCAACAUGUUCUACGCAAUGUAUAAGUAUUGCAUGUGUUUAUGAAUUAAAUUUCUGCUGAAAGAAA